AUGGGCGAGAAAUCAAAGAAAAAAACCAAAGAGCCCAAAGAAGAGGCUGAUGUCACCACAAUUUCGGCUGAUGUCUAUGUCAAGGAGAAAAAAAAGAAGUCCAAAAAGCCAAAGGGCGACAAAUCGGAUCUUCCAGAGGCAGACGCUCCCGUGACUGCCGGAUUUGAGGAGCUGCCAGAUACGCCUGCCAAGACUAAGAAGCGGAAGAAUAAGGAUGGCAAGCGCAAGCGGGAAGUGGCCGAUGCGUUGAUAGAGACUGUGACUCCGGUCGAGGCCGAGGAAGCUGAGGUGGAAGUUGAACCUCCUAUGAAGAAGAAGAAGGACGGGAAGCUCGACGGUGAUGGGAAGUCGGAGAAGAAGGAAAAGAAAAGGAAGAGCAAGGAACAGAAAGGAAAGGUGGUGGAGGGUGACCUUGCUGAGGAGGCCACAGCCGAAGAGUCUCAGGAGGCGGAAGUCGAAGACGGCAAGAAAAAGAAGAAGGACAAGAAGGAGAAGAAGUCCAAAAAGUCCAAGAAGGCUGCCGAGCCGACCGAGCCUCAAACUACUGAACCGACUGAGGAGGAACACGAGUCUGAGAAAAGGGAAAAGAAAAAGCGCAAGCUCAGGGACGAGGAUGGGGAUGAGGAAAUGGCCGAUAUCGCCGCGGAGGAGACCCAGGCCGAGGAGAAGGACGAGGCUCCGGAGGGGAAGAAAAAGAAGGACAAGAAGGCGAAGAAGGAGAAGUCCAAGAAACGCAAGACGACAGACACACCGGCGGAGACUCCUGAGAAAGAGGCUCCGGCCCCCGCACCCACGACGGCCCCCAACGCAGAUCUCACCGAACGGUGGAACGUCCAUGGUCUUGGCGGCGGUGCCUCGCGCCAAAGCAAGUUCAUGCGGCUCCUAGGUGGGAAGAAGCAUGGCGUUGAAAGCGCAGGCGAAGCAAAGGACGGUCCCCGGAAGCGGUUCGAUAUUGGGCACGUCUCGCAGGAGCUCGAGAAACAGUUCGACGCCGGCAUCCAAAUGAAGUUUGGGGGCGGUGGUCAACGCAAAGGACUGGGUGCUUGA